AUGGAAAAUGACUCGGAUCUUAUGGAAUGCGUACCGCCUCAUUCUAUGACCGGGUCCAAACGUAAGCGUCAACUGUCACCUGUUGCCAAUAGAUUCCAACGAGAAGUUUGCUCUUCAGUCUACGGACUUCGACAUGCCCUGUAUUUGGACGCCCAACCUACGAGGAACAUUACGUGUGACAUCACUUCAUGCCCGGCCAUCUUUAACCUAAAAGGCUUGAUUUACGGCAACAAUAAUCACUUUGUGGCGAGAUAUGUAGAUGCUUCCGACCGUGUGUGGUUCCACGACGGUAUGUCGUUCCAGCGUCAGUGCCAAUUACACGGUAUCCUCACAUUGGAUCAACCUGCGCACUGGUUGAAACGAUGCGACGACAAACAAUUAAUAUACACAUGGUACUCUAAAACUCCUAACCCUCCCAUAUAA